ACUUGACCCUUUCAAACUCUUUCUUUCUUGUUCUUCUCUUUUCAAAAUAAAAACAUCAAAACACCUCACCACAAUACAUAACAAAAAACAAUGGCAUCAACACCCCACCAUUACUAUCUGCCUAUGCAUACACUCAUUCUAUCUAUAUCCCUUUUUGUUUUUCUUCCAAUUCUACCCCUUACCACCUGUAAUUCGAUCCAUGAUCUCCUGCGGAGCAGAGGCUUACCAGCAGGGCUCUUCCCACAAAAUGUGAAGUCAUAUGAUCUUGACCAAAAUGACUAUUUGCAAGUUUAUUUGGAAGAGCCGUGUGAGGCGAAGUUUGAGAACAGGGUGUUCUUUGAGAGUGUGGUCAAGGCUAACCUAAGCUAUGGCGGACUCAUUGGUUUGGAGGGUUUGUCUCAAGAAGAGCUUUUUCUUUGGUUGCCUGUGAAGGGUAUUAAGGUCAUUGAUCCGCUAUCUGGUUUGAUCUUGUUUGAUAUUGGGCUUGCUUUUAAACAGCUCUCUCUUUCUCUUUUUGAAGAACCACCUAUUUGUGUUCCAAAAGUAUCAUUGAAAUGCAGUUGGGCAGUUGGAGAGUUAUGGAAGGAAGGAGUUGGGAUAUCAAAAUCUUUAAAGACGAAAAGAAAUGGAAACGAGAACAAAGGAUGGGUCUCUAAUUCCAAAUGUUUUGUUUUGGUUUUUUUUUUUUUUUUUUUGUCGCUUUUUGCUUUUGGUUUUUCAUUUUCAUUUUGUUUUUUGUGGUUUUGAGAUUUUCCACCAAUACUUUAUACUUGUUUGAGAAUGAGGAAACGGAAAGGGGUGAAGGAUGAUAUGUUUGGAAUCGAAUAAUCAUUAAAACAUAUGUUUUUCAAUCAUUAAUUUCAUUUAGUUUUUGUUUUUA